AUGAGCAGACCAUUCCAGCGCGCAGCGACUGCUCCCCUCGCUCUUGCCAGAAGCGCUCGUCCAUGCGUUCUUGGCAAGGCCGGUCCCUCUUCUCUGCAGAUUGGGGGAUCUCGAUCUGCCAGCUUGUCAACUAGUUCAAGACCCCGACUCACUUCCCGCUUGUCCGUUAAUGAAAUCGGAACUGGGGUGCGAAAUAUCAGGCAUAGCUCUUCCACUUCCACCUCAGCCUUUGAGGGGAUCAAGCCGGUGGACUUGGCGUACGAUGUGAUUCAGCCGCCAAAGGUCAAUGAGGGGGCGGAGGGGCAGUGCUUGGUGGUCUGCCAUGGACUAUUCGGGUCAAAACAAAAUUGGCGCUCCCUAGCCAAGGCGUUCUCCACCCAGCUCGGUAUGCCAGUGUACGCCUUGGACUUGAGGAAUCACGGUACCUCCCCUCACGCUGAGCCUCAUACCUACGCCGCAAUGGCAACUGACCUGGAUCAUCUCUUCCGCAAGCUCGAUCUCAAAGGGAUAAAUCUGCUCGGACAUAGCAUGGGUGGUAAAGCAGUCAUGGCAUUUGCGCUCAACCCCGCCUUCAACCAGAACCUGCGCAGUCUGAUCAGUGUGGAUAUGUCGCCUGCUGUCGGCCGGAUGUCGCCGGAAUUCUUGGCAUACACCCAGGGCAUGCGAAAGGUGGAUCAAGCGGGGGUGAAGAGUAAAGCCGAGGCGGACAAGAUACUACAGGCAGUUGAGCCUACUCUCGCUACCCGUCAAUUCCUCCUGACCAACACCCGCACCCUCCCCUCUGGCCAACUCGCCUUCCGUAUCCCUCUCGACCUCCUCGACCGCUCCAUCCCGCACAUUGGCGACUUUCCCUAUGCCCCGGCAGACUCCGACGACUCAACGCAAGUAACGUGGUCCGGACCUACCCUCUUCCUUAAAGGCGAGCACAGCAAGUAUAUCAAUCGCAAGAAUAUACCGACGGCGCAGGCGUACUUCCCAAGGAUGCGGAUGGAGGUGUUGGAUGCGGGGCAUUGGGUACAUGCGGAGCAGCCGGGAGAGACGUUGAGGGUGGUGAAGGAGUUUGUGGAGGGUAUUGGUAGAUAG